AUGCUUUCCGAAGGAGGCUUUGAUGACGAACGACCGAAGAUUAAAUUCGUAAAGAAAAGUUACGAAACAAUGGCUGAAUUCAAAGAUCGAAUGCAUGCAGAAUGUCAGAAUGCGAUCACAAUUGCGAACGGAACGAAAGCUAGAAAUGUCGUCAAGGAAUUCAAGAAGGCGACGAAAUUGGACAAGAAUAAUGGCAAGAUUCCGGAGGAGCAGAAGCCAAAGCAAAAAGCGAUCAAUAGAAAGAGAUUGGAAAAGAAACAAAUAGAAAAAGAGAAAAAGUCCGACAAGGAAUUGGAAAGGCUGGAGAAAGAAAUGCUAAAGGACCGCGUCGAGUUUGGAGAACGAGUUGAUGCGCCACCAGAAUUCAAGUCGCUCCCCCGCGGCGCACAGAAGAAAACUACCGGUCGCUUCAGCAAUCUUCUACUGUUGGAGAAACUGCAGCUGCCAGAGCAUCAAGUCGAGCAAAAACAACAACAAAAGACCAGAGAGGAAGAGCUUGCAGAAGAAAGAAAGCGAGCAAUUGAAGAGUAUCGUAAACUGCGCACUAUUCGAACUUGA